CACAUGUAGCCCAUAACGAAUCUGCAGCGCUCUUUCCUUUAUUUAUUUUAUUCAACUCAGCAUUGUAUACAAGAUCUCAUGAAUGAUGAAAAAACUUAGGUGAAGAAAACAGAAAAAAUAGAAAAAGAAGAUGAGAAACCAAGUUCCACCUUCAAGUGAUGAAGAAUAUGAUAACCACAGUGACAUUUUAUCACCAAGUCAUUCAUCUUUUCAUAACUGGUGGAGAUCAGCAAAAGAAUUUGAUGAAAAUGGUAAUCUAAAGCUUGAUUACAGCACCAUUCCUAUUACAGAUCUUACACCAAGAUUGAAAGUUAUAAGAGAAAUGGAAAGACUUGCUUUAACUUCUACUGAAGGUCUUGAUGAUCUUAGACAUAAACUACUAAGUUACAGGUCUGGUGAUUUCUGGUUACCAAUUGGUGGCAUUAAGAAAGAAGAGAUGGAUAUAUAUCCAGUUAUUACAAUUCUCCUAGUUGGAUUCUCUGGUGCUGGCAAAAGCUCUAUUAUCAAUCUUAUGUAUAGUGUUCUUGGUAGAUCUGGUCUCAUUCCUUUCACUCAUACUUCAGCAGGGGAGUAUAAAUCCAUGUUCAUGGAAGAACACAAUGUAUUAAGAUCUAUGAGGAGUGGGUUUUGUGUUUAUGACUCGAUAGGUUUAGAUUACAGUCAAUUAGGUGAGAGUCUGGAAGGCGUAAAUGACUGGAUGAUAGCCGGAGUUCAGCAUCACCAACUCUACCAUAGACCGGGAGUACUAGAAGAAAGUUUGACGUCCGUGCCGCCUACAUCUAGAUUUGCAAGGAGACGAGUUAACUGCGCUGUGUUGGUAGUGAACAUUGCAGAGGUUUACAAAGCAUUCAUGAUUGGCGACUCGAAGCCAUUGGAGUCUACUAAAGAACUCCUCUACGCUACUUCUAUAAGAAAAUCCAAUGAAAACCCAAUCUUGAUCAUGACGCAUGGCGAUAAGUUAACAGUAGAAGAAAGGAUUGACGGCCGGAUUAAGAUAUGUGAAUUCUUAGGUGUAUCAGAAACAAGUGGAGCAUAUGACAUUGUGUGUUUAACUGAGCAUGGAAUUCUGGCUGAAGAAUCAGACCCAAUUACAGCUUAUGCCUUGACUGAAGCGAUAUACAGGGCAUUGAUAUUCUCGGACAGGACUCAUUCACCAAAGACGGCUUUCAUGGACUACUUUUUAGAUUUUCUUAAUUUGAUUAUUUGUUUUGUAGCUGGUAUAUUUACUUAUCUUGCUCAUUUCUUCACACAAUUGGCAGAUCCCAAUAAACUCAAACGUAUGUGAAGUGAAGAAAUUUAGAGGGAGCGAUUCAGUUAGCUAGCUAAGUUAUGUGGUUUACAUUUCCUUAAUAAUUGUUUUUGAAUAAACGUUAAAUACAAUCUUCCAUGAUUAGACUGUGCAUUAACCGAUAACAGUCUAGUAGCUUAUUUUUUUUUUAGUCUAGAGGCAAGA